AUGGUGAAGAUUGAAUUGGGGUUAACUGAAGAGCAAACGUUUCAUCUUUGUGGAGGAAAUCUUAUUCGACCGAAUUGGGUACUGAGUGCAGCACAUUGUUUUUUACAAGAAGAUAUACCUGCAAUGGCGAAUUAUUGGAUACAAGCAGGUUUCGAUAAUCUUCAAUCACGACAAAUUGUUAAAAUUGAAACUUUUCAUAUUCAUUCAAAAUAUAACCAGACAACUUUCGAGAGCGACAUAGCAAUGGUAAAAUUACGACAUCCAAUAGUUCAUGCAGACGAUAUUGGAUACGUCAAGUUUCCAAGACGCAAUGAUCCAAUUUGCUCGAAAGCCGUUGUAAUGGGCUGGGGUUAUACGAGUAACAACGUGGAUGUCUAUCAAGCACCUACAAUUGCUCUUCAAUGCGGUUCCGUUGAAAUUAUUGACAAUAGCAAAUGUUAA